UGUGCUAUCUAGGCACUGGCUUCAUGUGCUCACUGUGUGUAGAGGUGGAGACAGAAACUCUGCUGUCUCACAGCAUACUGGAUCAUUUUGAGCUGGACAGCAAACACUGUUCAAGCUUGAAGCAUUAAUGUAUCUUCUGCUGAUUUUCACUGUACCUGAACCAAGAUAGAAAAAUGAUGGAGUGACAUGUUCUCAGCAGAGAUCAGACAGUCUGGUGUCGGCUGACUCUGAACUGGCGCAGUGUGAAACGGAGGUGAGCACAUUACUGCAGACCAUCUCUGACCUCAACAAGAAGAUGGACUCCCUACAAAUACCACGAGAAAUGAAAACAUCAGAAACUCAAGCCCAGGCCAGUGGGUACGUUCGGCAACAGGGUUCGAGCUCUCCAGCAUGUAGCCUCACAGUGGUGGAUGCUGGCACAUCAUCUGUGGAGACCAAGACCAAGAGAGUCUGCAGGGACACUAAAGGGGGCAGUAGUGAGCUUUGGAAUGAACUACAGAAGAUUAUCUCUGUUCUUGAGACCUCAUGUGGUCAAGGGAGGAAACUGCUCUGGCAAACUCAGAAUUCUGAGAGAAUCCAAGCCAAUCAUCUUUCUGCAGCGACGGAGAGCUGGGUUCAGACCACACAGGUGCUGGACGAGAUGGAGAGGGAUUGUGGGAUCUCGUACCCCUCUGCUCUGCCUCCUGAGGAGAGACGUCAGUACCAGCAGGAUUUGCUCUCGCUGUACAAUCAGAAGCAAGAUCUCAGCGCCUCAUUAAAGAGCCGACAGGAAGAGCUUAUGAGUGCUGAAAGAAGGCUAGUGGAGUUUGAGGACGAGAAGAAGUGGCUGCAGGAAAAGUUAGUGGACCUGAAGAGGAAAUGGCUAUGUGGAGUGAGUUGUUCUCCUCCUGUUAGCCCAUCAUUGUCCUCCAGUCGAACCUCAAGCCCGUGCUUUUCCUCGCCUCCGUUUCCCAGAUCUCCUUUGCUGCCCUGCAAGCUGCCCAGCUUCACCCCGGACUCCUCUCCGUCUCCCUGCACCGUUGAUUCAGUGCUGCAGUCCGAGAUUGAAAAACUGCAAAGGUGUCUGGAGCGUCUGAAAGCUCGUAAUGAGCGUCUGAACGCGGCUCUGGCCAGGAGGAAAGGAGAAUCGGAGCAGCUGAGCAUGAGUCUCAGCCGGCAGGAGGCAGACAGCUCGGCUCUACACAUGGCUCUCACAUACUGUGAGGAGUGUGAGGAGGCUUACAGUGACCUGCUGUCCCUGUACAAGGCCAGAAAACAACAGAACGCAGAAGCAUUAAUCAGACCUCAGCCUGACCUCUCAAAGUCAACUUGUGAGAACUUUAAAAAGGAAGCGCCGUCCUCCUGUACACUAGAGGGCACUACUGAGCACAGACCAAACAGCUUACUCCAGUUUGAGGAUAAGGCAGGUGUAAUUCUGCAGAGGAUCUCCCGGCUGAAGCAGGACAGGGAGGCUGUGUGUAUCCCGCAGCAGGGCAAAGCUGGCGAGGGCAAGAUCAGUCCUGACACUGGCACACUUGCAGGUGUCAGAGGUCGUGGUGGUUUACUAUCCAAAAACACCAAAGAGGAGAAAGCAGCUCUACUGUAUGAGCUGGUGACAGUCAGGGAGGAGAUGUCAGACUUGCGAGGGGACCUCAGACUCCUUGAGAAAGAGAGGCGGUGUUUGGAGCUGGCACUGAUGGUCCAGAGUGCUCAGGAUUCAGCAGGCGCCCUUAUCUUGGAGAGUCUGCGAGAGGAACUGAGUGAGAGGAGAGCCGCCCAGCAGAGGAUUGCUGAGAACCGAGCAAAACUGGAGAAUGGAGGAGGGAUUCCUGGCCCUCGGAAUCACUCUAUCCUGAGAGAACUCCAAGCAGCCCUGCAAAGGGAGCAGUCUUUGAAGAAUAGAGUGACAUCUUUACACGAGUCAUUGGACUCAGCGCUUACAGACUGCACCACCCAGAGAAGGAUCAACAGAGAGGAGACCAGCCGCCUCUCCCACUACUUCAAUAAAGUCUCACACACCUACAGAAGUUCUCGUAAGAAGCACCAGGAGCAGCUGUGGCGACUGGAGAAGCAAAUCACAGUCAUAAGUGAACAUCACGCUAGCCAAGAAGCUGAGCUGAGUGCCACACUGGAGGCUAUGGAGUGGAAGAGAGAGGAAACUGUACUCUAGAACAGAUUUUAUAGACAAAUAUAAAACAAAAAACAUGGACAUUUUAUGAGGCUAAUUUGAAGAAUUGAAAUUUGUUCCAGAGGAUGAGCCAUUUGGCCACUGACAGGUAAUUUUUGUUUAUGUUACUCUGGCCAACAGUGGUCUUGGACUUUAUACUGAUACCAAUCAGUGUAGCUUCAGAGUCACUCAAAAGAAAAGGUUUUCAGUUAGCGGAUGCCAUUGCAAAAAAUAUCCUAUUUGCACGCAUAUUUGUCACCCAUGAUUGAUUUUGGGAUAUUUAAUAAAGUUUAAAAAAAAUAAA